CGUGUAUGCAUAGUGGCUAUAAAUGGAUAAAAGUAAAGUUUAUGAUGAUGUCAGGAGUUUAGUUCAAUUUCUUGAGAAGUACAAAUGGAUUUGGAAUGUUAAAACAACAGAGUUAUUUCUUACCGAUCACAUUGCUACUAAUAUGCCAAGUGAGUGGAUAAUGAUAAUGAAGGAUUGGAAAUUUGAAGAUUUGCAUAACAUCAUUGAUAAUAAAUUGUGCUAUCCAAAUAGUCUUCAAGAGUUUAUAACUGGUUGUUUGAAUAAUUCGACGAGUACUGGAUUGGUCAGGGAAUGGACUUAUACAGACAUUAUAAAGAUGAAACAAGACAUAGCUAGAGGAAUGAAAUUAAAGAAACAGCAUGAAGUAUCCUGUUUAGCUUCUGUGGUUGAGGAAAUAUGUAAAGAAUGUAACUGCACAUCAUUACUUGACAUUGGAUCUGGACUAGGCUAUUUAGGUGAUAUAUUAAUGAAGCAAUGUGGCAUGAAAGUGGUUGGAGUAGAGAGAGUAACUGAAAGAGUCCAGUCAGCAUUUGUAAGAAGAGAUGUACCCAGUGUAACGAUAGAUAUCAAUGAGUCACAAAAGUGUGUUGAUGAAAUUAAUGAAAUAUGUACAUCGCUAGGAAGCAAUGUUUGCAUUACUGGUUUACAUUGUUGUGGUGAUCUCUCUCCUACAAUAUUACACAUGUUUUAUAAACUAAUCGAUACCGUAUCACUAUUAAUACUAAUACCUUGCUGCUAUCAUAAGAGGGCGUCAUUUAAUCCGAUUAGUGAAACGAUUAAUGAUAUUUUAAGAAAUGAAGGCAUCCAAUUUUUGUCCAUAUAUGGCUUUAGAUUAGCAUCAGAAAAUAGUUUUGAAAACUGGUUAUCUCAAUCUCCUUCGGACCACCAGCAACACUGUAAUCAUGUUUGUUAUCGUUCUAUUGCUGAAAUAAUUAUAAAUAAAUAUGUAUUUCUUAGUUCUGCUUCCAGUCCAUUGUGUAAUAGGCUUAGGAAGGCAAGAUAUGAUAAUUUUGAUAACUUUUCGGAAGAUUUUAUUAGAAUGAUCAAGGAGCUUAUACCAGAUUUUAAAGAUCAUGCCACUAUUGAGGGAGCAUUAAGUGAAGCUUAUUUAAGAUUUAGUCCAUUCUUUUCAUUAAUAGAGCCUUUUACGGGGCUACAGAUGUGCAUCAGAAGAUCAAUAGAAUUAUUAAUAUUAAUAGACUAUUCAUUGUAUUUAAAGGAAAGAGGACUAAAUUGUCAAUUAUUUAAUAUAUUUGAUGAAAAAAUAUCUCCACACAAUAUUGCUAUUAUUGUAAAAAGACAUAAUUAAUAAUAAUUAUUAUUAUUGUUGAUCAUUUCGAUGGUUUAGCUUCCAAUAUUUGUU